UUGAUGCUGUAGUUUUACUGAUGCUGUAGCUCUUCUCUGUGGUAACGUUGGACUCUUUCUCUUGGAUCAGGCGACUGCAGAGCAAAUCCGACUCGCACAGAUGAUUUCAGACCACAACGAUGCAGACUUUGAAGAGAAGGUCAAACAGCUGGUGGACAUCACAGGGAAGGAUCAGGACGAGUCCAUGAUCGCGCUGCACGACUGUAACGGAGACCUGAACAGAGCCAUCAACGUGCUGCUGGAGGGGAACCCCGACACGGUGAGUCCUGCGGCACCGCGGCCCGUUUGGGUCGACUUCAGCCCUCACGUCUCUGUCAUGACAAGAAUGUGGACGCAUUAUUUUAAAACCUCUUUCAUAUGCACAAACACAUGAGGUCAACACAAUAUU